CCGUGCUAGUGGUAGUUAACAUAAAAGGAAGUUAAGUUAAAAUAAAAAUGGAGGGGUACUUUCGUCAUUUCAGACAGCCCCCGCAAACAAAUUUACCCAGCUAUCAGUUAUCAUUUCUUCCAUGAAAGAGCAAACCUGAAAUUCAGUGUCUCUGUACAUCACCUUUUUAAAAAGAGAGCAUACAUGAUACAUUCAAGUCCCACAUUUGAUUUGGUGUUCAGCAAUUGAUAGAUAAAGUUAAUAAAGGGUAAUUAUCUGGAGAAAAUGGUGCCUGAAAAUGGAAUCCCACUUGAACAUGAAAAAAAGAUCAUAAUCCAGAAUCUUGAUGAAGAUGAAGCCUGUAAAGACAAAAAAGCCGAUGAAGAGGGCCCGAAACCAUUAGGGCCCGACACGGUCCUUUCUCCAACUGUACCAAAGUCCAAAUCAUCAAAUCCCGAAAAAUUUUCCUAUUCCGGUGGCCCCAAGAAUAGUAAACCGGCCAAAAACCAGUCCACCUCGAAAAUAUCAGUUGCUUUCGGCCGCAGUACGAAAAAACCGAGCUUGACACAGAGCCUUUCAUUUCCGGCCUCUGGCCGCCAUUCAGACGUGAUGAAAAGGAGCUUCGAGGUUUACCCGUCUGAAUCAGACAUAAGGCAGUCUCGUAAAAACAGUUCAAAAAUCGUGUCACAAGUUUCAAAUAGGAGUUUGAGCCCGAGAAUUGGUUCGGUUGUGAGGGGCCCGUUUCCCGGGGUCAAUUCUAAGCCCGCGGCAUCUUCAGUAAAGGCAAAUAGAGUGGUGUUGAAAGAGUUUGAGCCCAGCAACAGUUUGUUAUCUGUAAAGGAUGAGGAUGCUCGAUCAACGACUUCCUCGACACAGCAGAGGAUAAAUGUUUCGACAUUCUCGUUUAGGCUGGAAGAACGUGCUGAGAAACGAAAAGAGUUCUUUUCGAAGAUAGAACAGAAAGUACAUGCCAAGGAAGUGGAAAAAAAUAACAUACAAGCAAAAUCUAAGGAAAAUCAAGAGGCGGAAAUAAAGCAACUCAGGAAGAGCUUGACAUUUAAAGCUACACCAAUGCCGAGCUUCUACAAAGAACCCCCUCCGAAAGUUGAACUAAAGAAGAUACCAACCACACGCCCGAUUUCUCCCAAGCUCGGGAGGAACAAAAGCAAUUCCAUUGAAAAUGUCACGCCAUGUGGCAGCCCACUAGUGGGUGAAAGCAAUAGCUGCAAAUCACCAAAGACUCCUCGGGAAAAAAUUGUUGCUUUAAAUAAGCCCAUCAAGAGCCCCUUGUCCAAGUCCCAAGCUCGAGCGAAAACAGGAGACAUUCAAAACCGGCCCAUUUGCCCGACUGAGUUCACAGACGAGAAAAUAGAAGAUGGGCCCGAAAAAAGUUUGUCUUUUUGUGGUGAUGAGUCGAAUCUUGGUUCAAAUGCAAUGGCUGCUGGAGUUUCUGUUGAAGGUUGA